AUGUCUCUUAGUGGAAAGGUCUAUGCAGUGACUGGUGGUGCAAGCGGCAUCGGUCUUGCAACAGCCAAGCUCCUCUCCGAUCGCGGGGCCACAGUUUGCAUCGCUGACGUAAACACAUCUGCUCUCGAUCAGGCUGAGGAAUAUUUCAAUUCUAAAGCUCCAAAGGUUCAAUUUUCCGUCGCUAGAGUCGAUGUGGUCGACCGAGAGCAAGUGGAAUCAUGGAUUGCCAACAUCAAGAGCCAAUUUGGUCGUCUAGAUGGAGCAGCCAAUAUUGCAGGCAUCAUCGGCAACGGCCAUGGCAAAGAGUCACUCAUAGAGCUAGAGGACGAUGAGUGGUUCCAGAUCCUCAACAUAAACUUGACUGGAAUGAUGUAUUGUCUUCGUUCAGAGCUUAAGCAUGUUGAGGGUGGUGGAUCAAUCGUUAAUAUGGCAUCUAUCCACGCUACAACCGGGAUAGCAAAUCAUGCGGCCUAUGCGGCAAGUAAGCAUGGAGUCCUGGGUCUGACUCGGGUUGCAGCCAAGGAAAACGGCCAUCGAGGGGUCCGCGUCAACGCAGUAGCACCAGGUCCGAUCUACACUCCCCUGAUGCAAGGGUAUUGGGAUAGAACAGAGCGCCCGGCUGAUGCGCCUUUUGAAGAGCCUAUCGCGUUUCAGCGUUACGGUACUGCUGAAGAGGUCGCAAACGUGGUUGGGUUUCUCCUUGGUCCAGAGAGUAGUUUUGUGAGCGGAAGCUGUUACUCUGUCGAUGGGGCUUGGAUAUAG